AUGCCCCCGGCAAACCGGCGACAAGUGUGCGCCCGAUGCGAUCGUCCGCCGUGUGUGUGCUAUUGUGCAUUCAUUCCAUCUCCAAAGCUUGUGACGCAGUUUAAAGUGCAUUGUAUACAGCACCCGAACGAAUUCAAGCGGAAAGCGCUGUCGAGCGUACCCGUGCUUGGACACGCGUUGGAGUCGAUGUCGCUCGAAGUCACCACAACGUCAACCUUCACAGUCGGCGAGAACGAGUCUGUGUUGCUGCUGUUCCCUGGGUCGACGGCCACUGUCCUCACCAGUGCCGACUUGACACCCAACCUGACCCUCGUGGUGGUGGACGGCACGUGGAAGGAAGCCAAGCAGAUAGUCCAGCGCGAUCCGACGCUUCGCGCGUUGCGUCGUGUCGUGGUGCAAUCAACAGCUACGAGUCUCUACGGCACCCUUCGAAGGGAACCGAUGGAAGGGUGUUUGUCGACUUUAGAAGCCGUUGCAGCAGCCAUCAGCGUCCUCGAAGGCCAGACGUCGACCGAGACAACCCUGCUGUCCAUGUUUCAACAGGUGGUCGCGCUUCAACAAGAGUACGUUCAUGCGGGUGUCCAGCGUAACCUCUCUUUCUACGACGGCGUUCCCAAACCUGCCCGCGUAUUACAGGAAGUUGCCGUGACUGUCCCAGAAGCGCUCGAAGAUGGCGAGUCGCACUGGUACGAAGUUUACUUAACCCAACACAGCGUAAGCGGCAUCGCCACCACCAGCAACGGCGACCGCUUCUUUGGCACGCAUAGCCAGGCCAUUGGUUAUGUGGCGGCGUUGAAUGCAGGUCGCGUUCGCGGCCAUCGUUUUGGCGUGCGUCGGUUCCAUAUAUUGACCAAUCAAAGCCAAGGUUGAAAAAAAAUGCAAAAUAAUAUUUUUAUGGACACAAAAAGAAGGAUUCGGGGGAGGGUGGUUCGUGCGACGGGCGGGCGACUUAUUCGGCAUGGACGGCGGCGGCGUCGUCAAGUACUUUGAUGUACCGAGGCACGCCGUACUGGCCGUCGGCCGUGGGCCAGAGCCACUUUUGCCAGUCUUGGGGCCGCACCUUUUCAUUCUUGUCGUCGUACUCGAGCAGCGUCGACGUCUUCAUGGCCGCCAAGAGCGACGGGUAGUCUUGGUGGAUCGAGUACACCGAUUGGAAGCUCCCGACAAACGCCACAGGCACAUACCCGUCCACGUCCAUGUGUUGGCGCAGAAACGUAUCGCGCACGAGGUUGUCCGGGGACAAGAAGAACUCACUACGAUAGAGUUGCCAUCAUCAGACACACUGGAGGUGCAAGGCGGAGGAAUAACGUACAUUUGAGUUUUGGCGUAGUCGGCCGUGACCGCCACGUCGGUAGUGGGGACGAACACGCCGUUCACGUACGCGCCUUGGGUCGAGUCGAAGUUACGACCGCCACGGCCGCCGCGUCCGCCAGCAUUCUUCCAGCCGCGACCGCCGCCGCCACCACGACGAGCACCGCUUGGAGCUCCAUUGUUCUUGGCAUCUACAGUAUCCAAAGAAUACACAGUUGGUUGCGCGUUGAGCCAGUUGGCGACAACUUGGAUCGAGCGUACCGUUGUUGAACGGCUUGUUCUUUUUGAACGAGCCUUGGUCGUGGGACGAAGAAGUCUGCUGGUGGUGCUGCUGGUUACCCUGGUCGACCUCUUCAGCCUCAACCAAGCGGUACUUGACAGGUGUCGUCGUUGCGGUUGCUGUUGCCAUCGGAUUCGAGAAAGCACACUGUUCAACGUGAUUUCUAAGUUUGCACCAGUCAUGUCGACCCCUACCCCGGCCAGGCCAUCGACCAACAUUCUGCAACCGUCACUUUACUUAAAACCGAAAUAUCGGCCAAUCACAAUUAAACGACGCGUACAAAUAUAAAAGAAACCGAA